AUGUACAAGAGGAUUUUUGAAUGGGCGGCCACCGAGGCUUCUGAAGCGCAUAAUAAUCCUACAGCGCUCAACAAACACUACCUAGACGUGCUGGUCAUUCGUAUGCCCUUCGUUCGCGCAGGGGGCUACGGGCCAUCGUGCUUCAUGGUCGGCCACAUCAGCCGCCAACCAUUCUCAGCCUCAACGAGGCAAGGGAUGCAGUUUUUCCGUGAAAGCGACACGAGGACCUCGGAGAGGGUGCAGGCAGACGGUGGGCUUGGCACUGCCUUCGUGCUUUUCACCUUCAGGCAGUUCGUGGGGAAAAGCCUGAAAAUAGGCGGUCAGACGCUGUUGUGGGGUGGUAGAUAUGGUAUCUGGGAUAAAAAGAAGACAGGCUAUGUUCAUAACAAGAGAUGGGCGAGCAUAACUGAAGGUCUGAUCAACGGAGACAUUCCGAUAGCGAGUAUGGGACAUAGGCUAGACAGCCCGUUGACACCGUCGGCGACCCACCAGGCUGAUUCGUCGAAUUCUGAGAUACCUCAGGAGGACGGUCGCGACGGGGGCGAAGAGCAAUAG